AUGGUGACCUCUCAACGCAACGCAGUCACCACAGCAGAGGCGCCCGGCCCUUAUACAAUCCUCUCGCAAGCGGUCGUCCACAACGGGCUGGUCUUCACGUCCGGAUCGAUUGGGAUGGAUCCAAAAACGAACACCUUGGUCGAGGGAUCGAUUGCCAAACGCACAACACAAACCCUCACAAACAUGACCAAGGUGCUGGAGGCUGCUGGGUCUGGAUCGGACAAGAUCCUCAAGGUUAUCAUAUACGUCACGAGCAUGGACGACGUGCCCGUCAUGAACGAGGCUUACAAGGCGUUCUUUGCCGAGCCUAGGCCGGCCAGGGCCUGCGUGUGUGUCAAGGCGUUGGCAAGGGGCACGGAUGUCGAGAUGGAAUGCACUGGGUUUAUUUAA